UUGAAAAUCAUGGGUCACACAAACCUCGGGACAAAAAAACUGCAAAAUGGUUAUACGCCACUGAUUCUACUGUUGGAUGCAACAGCACUGAAAGCACGACAGACAUUUCUGAUCCAACUUGAGGUUCCAAGGACUGAAACUCCUCUUAAGUGAGUGUGCUGACAUCUUGACACUGGCUAUUCUUUGAUGGAUAAUUUUACUGAGUGUAUUAAGGUUGACAUUGGCAUGCCAUAAUGGAUCAGAUUACUUACCUUGGACUCAGUGUAUAAAGGUUGAAAUUGGCUAUGCCAUGAUGGGUCAUGGAUUACUUAUUUUACACUCAGUAUAUAAAGGUGAAAUGGCGUGCAGAUUUUACAGCUGAAUAUAGAUACCAAAAAUAGUUGAGAGAAAAUGGCCAUCUGCAGUUUCCUAAAAAUAGGCCGUCUGUAGUUUCUUUUUUUAAAAGGCUUUCUGUUAUGAGCUACUGUUAGUUGUUUAUUAACUGUAAGAAGAGUAGAUGAAGGAAAGAGACUCAGUAUUGUCUUCUGUAAGCAAAGUUCAAGAGUAUGAGUCAAAGAGAAGCGAGCAACCAAGCUCCCAUUGACUUCCUCGAGAUCCCUGCAAGUGCAACAUCCCUCCAGGUCCUCACCUAUAUAUUAAACCUGGCUGCCUGGCUGGAGUUGGACUCUGCUCCUGAGUGGAGAUUCUGAGAAGCUUGUUUGUUACAGCUUAAGCAAUGGCCGUCCCCUUGGCUCUCCCUUCUGCAGCCAUCAUCAUAGUAGUGCUUCUGCUCUCCUCUGGCCUCACUACAGCGGAGGUGGAGGUCGCUGCUGUGCUGGAAGAGGCGGUCCUUACGCUGGACGUGAGCAACUUCUCAGAGGUGGUGGGGAAACUCCAGUUCAUUGUGGUCGAGUUCUACGCGCCAUGGUGUGGCCACUGCAAGGAACUCGCUCCUGAGUACGAGAAGGCAGCCUCCAUGCUGAGGAAACAUGACCCACCGGUGGUGCUCGCAAAGGUGGACGCAUACGACGAGGGAAACAAGGAACUCAAGGACAAGUACGAGGUGCAUGGGUAUCCGGCCAUCAAGAUCAUCAGGAACGGGGGCAGCGACGUGAGUGGCUACGCCGGCGCGAGGAACGCUGACGGCAUCGUGGAGUACCUCAAGAAACAGGUCGGCCCGGCGUCCAUCGAGCUCAGGUCGGCACUGGAUGCCACCCGAUCCAUCGGCGACAAAGGGGUGGUCCUUGUGGGAAUAUUUCCUGAGUUUGCUGGUGUAGAGUAUGAAAACUUCAUGGCUGUGGCAGACAAGAUGCGCUCGGAUUAUGAUUUCUUCCACACAUCGGAUGCAAGCAUUCUACCACAUGGCGAUCAGAACGUCAAGGGCCCCCUUGUUCGACUCUUUAAGCCAUUUGAUGAGCUGUUUGUCGAUUCUCAAGAUUUUGAUAAGGAUGCAAUCAAGAAGUUUAUUGAGGUGUCUGGUUUCCCUACCGUAGUUACCUUUGAUGAUGAACCGACCAACCAUAAGUUCCUCGAAAGAUACUACAGCACACCUAGUGCUAAAGCAAUGCUUUUCUUACGCUUCAGCGAUGACAGAGUUGAGGCCUUCAAGAGCCAGAUGCAUGAAGCAGCCAGGCAGCUCAGUGGCAAUAACAUAAGUUUUCUAAUUGGUGAUGUUUCAGCCGCUGAACGUGCCUUCCAGUAUUUCGGGCUCAAAGAAAGUGAUAUUCCUCUCCUCCUCGUGAUAGCAUCAACCGGAAAAUACCUUAAUCCAACUAUGGACCCUGAUCAGCUCAUACCGUGGAUGAAGCAAUAUAUAUAUGGUAACUUGACUCCUUAUGUUAAGUCAGAGCCAAUCCCCAAGGUCAAUGACCAACCCGUUAAGGUUGUUGUGGCUGACAAUAUUGAUGACAUUGUCUUCAACUCUGGCAAAAAUGUUCUACUGGAAUUCUAUGCACCUUGGUGUGGUCAUUGCCGAAAGUUGGCCCCGAUACUGGAGGAAGUUGCGGUCUCGUUUCGAAACGAUGAAGAUAUAGUCAUAGCAAAGAUGGAUGGCACUGCGAACGAUGUCCCAACAGACUUUGUGGUCGAAGGGUAUCCAGCUCUAUACUUCUAUUCUUCUAGUGGUGGAGAAAUUUUAUCAUAUAAGGGUGCGAGGACAGCAGAGGAGAUCAUCAGUUUUAUCAAGAAGAACCGGGGUCCCAAAGCUGGUGCGCUGGAAGAAGUAACCCAGACAGAUGCUGUGCAAGAGGAGGUAACAUCAACAUCGUCACCAUCGGAAUCCGUUAAAGAUGAACUCUAAUCAAGAAUUCAAGAUGUAUGCAUCCACCAAUACAUCAUGCAGGAAAAGGAAAACAGACGAGCUGUAUACUGCAGGGUCUAUAGAGUACAGAUAAGGAGUGUGCAGGGCAGUUGUUCAGAUCCAUAGUCGUGAAUUUCUGGUGUGGUGUCUAAACACCAUUAGACUGAAUAAACUCUCUGUAGCCCCUUCUGUUUCCAAAUACUGUUUUGUGCAAGGUCCCUUGUUUAUGAAUAUCGUUUUCACACCGAGGAAUUCAACAAAGUACUGUAGAAACAAUUUCAA